CACCUAUCCUAUCAGGGGUCCUUCGGAUGUGAGCGGAAAAUGGCCGCGUCCGUUCUCUGCAGAAGGACGCUGGUGAUGGUCCGUAACGCUUUUGGAGGGAUUUCGACACCCCAAACUCUCAAUUCUGCGAAGUAUCCGAGCGGGCUCCUGCUACAGACAGCCUCGUAUAACCCCAAACCUCUGAAACUGAAUCUUCGUGCUCCUUAUAUUCCAGACAAGAGCAGCGAGAAGACGUCGGAAUGGCAGAAGACGAGCAAAUACGAUGGCAAGCUAUACGGCCGCUACGGCUCGGCGUCGGGUGUCGACCCUGCCUCGUUGUGGCCCAGCCACGCACAGCUGGACGACGUCGUCGCGGAGGAAAAGGAGUGGCGCCCUCCGUUAGAGCUCAUGUUGAACAAUAUCGCGGCCAAGCAAAAGGAAGAGGCCGGAAAACGCAUCGCAAAGGAGAAGCUCAUCGCAGAAAACAUGGCCAAAAUGCCCAAGAUGAUCGCCGACUGGCGCAGAGCGAAGCGUGAAACUAAGCAGAAGUUAAAAGAGGAGAAGGCGCGUCGCGAUAAGUUGCUGGCUGAGGCCAAAGAGCGUUUUGGCUACACAGUGGACCCCCGCAGCCCCAAGUUCUUGGAAAUGGUUGCUGAAAUUGAAAAAGAAGAGAAGAAAAAGAGGAAACUCAUGAAACGCAGACUGAGAGAAGAACAGUUGGCAAUCCCUGUCACUCCUCCUGUUACCUCCUCAUAAACUUGGACUUGAUUAACUAAUAAAUGUUAGUCUGUAUACUUAAUGAGCCCACAUUUUGUUUUCUAAUACCAUCUGGAAUUACAAGAGCUCAAUUUUCUUAACUGAGAAUGAGUUACUUUCCACAAUGGCGUCUCAUUCCUCAACUGUCAUUGUAAUAAAUAUUUCUGUACAGACUGCAGUUUGUUUUCAAGCAAUAUUGUGAAUAUUACAAAUUGAAGUGAGUAGAACUGAAAACUUGACACUAAAUGAGGCAGCAGUAGCUCAUCUCUUGAAACUGGGAACUUCCAGCUCCAAAGCUAAAGCGAGGCCAAAGUCCCGCUGCGGAUCCAAUUUGAAAAUGGGAGCUAGUUGUUUUUUCAGAGAUGUUAGUCUGCUUGCUUGCUUGCUGGCUGCUGUCGAGGAGGUGCCCCCCCCCCCCCCCCCCAAGCUUCUGAACGUUCCAGUGAGCACGGUUGGGGCCGUAAUACGUCAGUGAAAAGCCGAUAAUACCCCCAUAAAUUUGCCUCAAUGAGAUGCUCCUCGUAAGAUUUCUGACAGAGGAGUGCAAAGAAUAAUCGGAAGAGUUGUCCAAGAGCCAAGAACCACCUGUGGAGAGCUUCCAAAAGACCUGCAAUUAGCAGGUAACUGUUGUCACAAGGAAAACGGUGAGUAACGUAAUCCGCCGCCGUGGCCUGUAUGGAUGCUCAUCACGCAAGACCCCAUUGGUGGAAAAAAAAGCAUGUCAAAUCUCAUUUCAAGUUUGCUGAACAACAUUCGGAAAAAGCCAGUUAAAUACUGGGAGAAUAUCGUCUGGUCUGAUGAGAGCAAAAUUCAACUGUUUGGAUGCCAUAAUGCACACCGCGCUUGGAGGAGAAAUGGCACUGCACAUCACCCUAAAAACACAAUACCGACAGUGAAGCUCGGAGGCGGGAACAUGAUGGUGUGGGGCUGCUUCUCAGCAAAUGGUACUGGUAAACUUCACCUUUAUUGAAGGAAGGAUGAAUGGCAAAGUGUACCGAGACAUUCUUGACAAAAAUCUCCUGCCAUCUACGAGGAUGAUGAAAAAAUGAAAUGACGGUGGACAUUUCCGCAGGAUAAUGAUUCCAAACAUACUGCCAAGGAAACUCUCAAUUGGUUUCAAAGGCAAAAAAUAAAGCUGCUCGCAUGGCCCAGCCAAUCACCUGGCUUGAACCCAAUGGAAAAUCUAUGGAAAGAAGUGAAACUCAAGGUCCAUAAAAGAAGCCCACGGACCCUUCAAGAUUUGAAGACUGCUUGUGUGGAGGAAUGGGCCAAAAUCACACCAGAGCAAUGCGUGCGACUAGUUUCUCCAUACAGGAGGCGUCUUGAAGCCAUCAUUGCAGACAAAGGCUUUUGUACAAACUAUGAAAUAAAUACCUUUUCACAUUA